UUUGCUGGUAUGCUGUGCGUUUUGUACCAUAGCAAGUCUUCACAUCUCUAUCCUGCCUGCUUGCCGUUACACACCUGCUAACAUCCUUAUCCUUCAGUAUCUCUUUGAUUGCUUUAUGUCUGGGCUAGGGAUCUACUUCUCCCACAAGUUAGAAAGGCAGACUAAAAUGUGUCAAAAAGAACAGGAGCAGUUUCUUCAGAAACUUCUGAAAAAGCAGUCAUCUACAACUUAUGGCAAGGACAAGCAGUUUUCCACCAUGAAAGCUAGUGAUAAAUUUCGCCAACAACACCCAUUGACUUUCCACUGCCAUUAUGAGCCUUACCUUAAGCAGAUUUUAGGUGGAGAGGAAAAUGUGUUGAUCAAAGGAAAGCCUUUAAGGUUUGGUCUAACAUCGGGAACUACCGGCCAGCGAAAGAUGAUUGUGACAUCUAAGAGCCGCAUUCUCCUGUUUAUAUUGAAAUUUGUUCCCAUAGGACAACGAAUACUGCGUAAGAGUAUUUUGCCAUCAUUUUCGCCUCUCCUAAAGACAUGCUAUGUCUACACCCACACUCAACCAAAGGACCCUUGUCCUGGAAUCACAAUGGGACCAACAACAAUGCUAAACCUACCUGAUCUUCUAUAUCGCCUACAGUAUAGUACACCUCCUGCAGGGAUGCGAUUAACCAAUGAGAGACAAGCUACAUAUGUUCAUCUGCUCUUUGCUCUUCGAGAUCCUGACCUUCAAGCAAUCUUUACCAUUUUUGCAGCCUCUCUAUAUAACACCUUCAAGAUCCUAGAAGAAGAGUGGCCUUGUCUUGUGAAUGACAUGCGAGAAGGUUGUAUCAGUGACAGUAUCAAUCUUGAUCAUGAAGUAAAAAUCAGUUUGGAGAAAGAGCUCCAUCCUGAUCCAAAGAGGGCUGAUGAGUUAGAGGCAGAAUUCAAGAAGGGCUUUUAUGAUAUCACAAGACGUAUUUGGCCGAGGAUGACCAGUUUAUGGGGAGUGUCUUCUGGGUCUAUGACAGUCUAUGAAGACAUUCUCAAGGUCAAAUUCAUUGGAGAUCUCCCCAUUGUGUCAAUGAUCUACAACUCUACAGAAUGUCUUCUUGGGGUUCUGCAUGGAGGAGCCAAGAGGACAGAAUACAUCCCAUUCCCUGGAGAUGUCUUUUAUGAAUUCAUUCCAGUUGAGAACUGCUCUCAAGAACAACCUGAUACUCUUCUAGCUGAAGAAGUGAUGUUAGGUUCUUACUAUGAGGUUGUUAUCACAAACAUUGAUGGUCUGUAUCGCUACAGAAUGGGAGAUGUUGUCAAAGUGACUGGAUUCUACAACAAGACACCUCUUCUGGAAUAUGGACAUAGAGUUGGUGAUGUAUUAGACAUGCAUGGGGAGCGGACACCAGAGAUAAUAAUCAAGGCUGCUCUUCAAGAAGCCCUUACCAAGUAUGCUACCUUCCAUCUUGUAGACUUCACUUGUGUGGAAAGUGAUAUAUUGAGAAAAUGUACAGGUGGAAGUGAUGAAGGAAUUUCUAACCAUUACUCAGUGAUUGCUGAAUUGGAUGUAGUGGAUGGUCAAAUAGAGAAUCUUAAUAACCUAAAAAAGCUUGCAUUAGAUGUUGAUCUGGCUUUGUGUGAUCUAUCAAGUGCUUAUUCUGAUUGCAGAGACAGGGAUCUCCUACAACCUCUGCUACUCAUUCUUGUUAGACCAGAUACAUUCAGAGAAUUUAGAUACCUUCUCUCCUCUAAGUCCAACGGCUCAACCAUGCAAGUCAAGGUACCCAAAGUAUUGGGAAAUGAUGAGUUUAUACAAUUCUUUUUACAAAGAAAAUUGGAGGAAUAAACCUCAGAAGUAAUUAAGAAAGUCAAAGUUGACAUAAUUGUGUAGUAUUGAAAAAAAAUUAUUUGUGUCUCAAAUUGUAGUAGUAGUAGAAGGUUUGUGUCGCUAAACUUCAAAGUCUCGAAUUUCCAGUCUCUAGUUUCCAAAAUUGCAAUGGGAAUUAGUUGUUAGAGACUUUUGCUUGUCAUUGCUUUAUAGCCGCUCUUGUCUUACAAAUUUGCGAAACCUUUCUGUCAUGCACUUAAAACACUAAUACUCUAAUGCCAUUGAAAUCAUCUAAUGAAAAAAAGGAAAUGACAUUGCCAUUUUGCAAGCUCGUAAUUCCUCUUUUAGAAAUAGAUUGGGGCAAAUGUGCUUUCUCUUUCCUCAGAUAAUCGAAGCUAGCUUUAAAAAAUUAUUGAACUUGUCCAUUUAACGAUUAUGAAAGGAUAUGUACUUUUGGUACAAAUGGUUGUGAGUUGGUAUGAAAAAUAUCUUGCCUCCUGCGAUUAAUAUAGAACUUAACUUAAAGUUAAAAACAUGAAUAAAUUGAAUGAAACAAACAAAGCUAUGACGACAAACAUUUUCCAAAAUUUGAGUUAAAAACAUCCUUUAAUACUAAUAAGAGGAGCGAUAAAUUUGAUGGGGUUAUACAUAGAUGUCAAGGUCGAUCUACUCGAAGUAGUAGGAGUAAGAGUAGUAGUAUUGAAGUAGUAAUUAGUAGUAGUAGAAGUAGUUGUAGUAGUAGUAGUAGUAGUUGUAGUUGUAGUAGUAGUAGUUGUAGUAGUAGUAGUAGUAGUAGUAGUAGUAGUAGUAGUAGUAGUAGUAGUAGUAGUAGUAGUAGUAGUAGUAGUAGUAGUAGUAGUAGUAGAAGUAGUAGUAGCAGAAGUAGAAGUAGUAGCAGUCAUAGUAGCAGCAGAAGAAGUAGUAGUAGCAGCAAAAGUAGUAGUAGUAGCAGUAGUAGUAGUAGUAGAUGAAGUAGUAGUAGUAGUAGUAGUAGUAGUAGCAGUAGUACGUAGAGUAGUAAUGCCCUUUCCCGAAACACAAAUAAUCGGUAAGAUACAAGUAAGCAGUGAACAAUAAUUGACCUGUAGAGAUAUUGACAGCAGACUUUUCCAUGAAUAAAAAUAAAUUUGCAAAUCAAAUUACUGGUAAGGCAACUUGUCAAAAGUCUGUGCCACAUGUUGCUUUUUAUUGCAGCUUUCCUGCAGUCCCCAUCCUUUCAUCUACAUGGUGACUAAUGAUUUGUAAUGAAAAGCUACUUGCAGGAUUCCUGCACAAUAGACACCACUCUGACUUUUGACAAAGUGCCUAUUUAAAGUACCCAGUGACAGCACAUUUAUGAAAAUUGGCUACCAUUCUUUUUUUACAUUGAAAUUACUAAAAUAUAAUCUAAGGUUAAAGUGAUAACUUUCAAUAAAUUAAACACCUACAAAUGUGUUAUAUUUUGUAUGUAUACUGUUUGGUUUGUCUCUUAAACCAAUAUGUUAAGUGGAGUCAAAGUGCAGCAAUAUUUCAUAUUAUAUAUAUGUAAUUGAAUUUUUGGUAUUUUUCAUUCAUUUUUAUAUUCAUUGACUCACAUAUUUUAUAUGUAAAAUAAUUGUAUUGGUUCAUAAAUCCAACUGGGUGACAUUCGUAUUUGCUUCAAUGUGAUAAAACUUUUUAUAAACUGAUUCUGAUUUAAUUUUAUUUGGCUGCUCUUCCAAACAGGUUUUCAAAUAUGUUAUUCUUACAUUUCUAACAUACAAGAUUAUUGGUGAUCAUUUAUCAAUCAGUUGGUGAAAAUGUUCAAAAGGUAUUAUAAUUUUUUUUGCCAUUAGGGCUUUCAAAAAAUUGGUGCUAUUUUUCUAUUGGAAAAAAACAACAACAUAAAAAUGUAUUUUAUGGUUAAGUGUGUGAGCCUAUUUUCAUUGAAAUUUGAUGUUACCUAUGUCAAGUUUGUAAAUAAAUAUGAAUCAAUGCCAUGUAAA